AUGCUCCCCAACUACAACAACCACUGGCAAGAAGCCAGAAAUAGAAACACUAAUCGUCAACCAAACCAAUAUCACGUACCCUACAACGGCCCUGUCUUCCAUCGACCUCUACCACCUACCAAUCGCCGACCACCAACCAACCCAUCCAGCUAUAUCCCACCCCAUCGCCGACCUACCUACAACACAGCCUACCAAUCAAGAGGUAACCAUCGACCUGACCAACAACAGAAACGACUACCAGCCCCCCGACGCCAACCAGUCCCCACUCAUAAGGAGGAAGAACCCUUUGUGAAGUCUUUGAGUCCAGCUCAACAUAUUAACGCCACAGCCGAAUCCCCUUUAUGCUCUCCUUUCGGAACAAAACCCAAAGUCGCUUCACCUGGUUCAAACUUGUAUAGGAUUCAGGGACCAUCUGUUCGUCAGAUUACACCUACAAAAUUACCAAAUUACGACUCCGAUGACUUCGGAAAUGAGUACGAGAGUGACUUUGACGACAGCGAUAACGACCCGAACUGGCAUCCAGAGAAAAAGCGAAGACUACUCGUUUUCAGUUCCGAUGAUGGUGUUGAACCAUUGCCAGAUGAUGACGACGAUGACAUAUCUUUGCCUAACAAACCAACCAAUGCCGACGUACAGGUCACAAACCCAGAUUCACCUAACACACCACGAUUAACUGAUGGCAAAUCUAAACGAUCAAGGCGUGGUAAACGAAUUCUUUUACAAUGGGAUAGAAAUGUAAACCAAAUUCUUCGCAUGAAAGGAAAAUCUUACCGGGGUGUAAAACGUUCUGAAGACGGAAGAUAUUGUCAAGCGGCAGUUAAGCGUGAACGAAAACUUAAGGAAAGAAAAUGUUCUAAAGCUUGUGCCCUAUCCAAAAGGUGUGGAGAAUUUAGCGAAGAAGAUAGAUUGUCAAUUUUGAAUCGUUUCUGGGGUGAGCUAACUUGGAAACAGAAAAAAGUCUUCGUGGCAAAUAUGGUGGAUCAGGUGAAGAUGGUUGAAAGAAAGAAACGCGCAGAAGAUAGUAGAAAGAAGAAUUCUUAUCGCUAUCAUUUGAAGAAAAAUGAUGCACGCACUGUGGUUUGUCGUAAUAUGUUUCUAUCAACACUCGAUCUUCAAGAUAAAACUGUGUAUGAAUGGGUGAAAAAUGAUGAUGAUGGUAUUCCAAAAGAACCAGCCAUAAGGAACCCCGAGAUCGACAUACAG